AUGGCGCCCUUCAACGUGCUCUUCAUCGAUUCAUAUGAUUCAUUUACCUACAAUGUGGUGCGAUUGAUAGAGAAGCAGUUAGUUAAUGGACAAGAAGUUCACGUGACGACGGUUCACAACGAUACUUUCACUCAAAUGGCAGAUCUAGUGGCCCAAUUGCCGUAUUUCGAUUGUAUUGUGGUGGGUCCAGGGCCCGGGAAUCCAGUGAAUGGGUAUGAUGAUGUUGGACUCGUUUCUUCGCUGUUCAAUUCGGAUGAAUUGGCUGAGGUACCGAUUCUAGGUAUCUGCUUGGGGUUCCAGGCUAUGUGCUACUCGCAGGGGUGUCUGAUUGAAGAAUUGAAUACUAUCAAACAUGGUCAAGUUUAUCCUAUUCUAUUGUGUUCUGAGGAAUCAAGCGAGCUCUUCUGUCAGUAUCCUCAGACGUUUAACUCUGUUAGAUACCAUUCUUUGCACGUCAAGAAUCUUGUACCUUCGAUAGUCCCACUUGCACGUACUAAUGAUGAGAACGGGUCUUUGUUGAUGGCAGCUGGGGUUAGAGAUAAACCCUGGUUUGGUGUGCAGUACCAUCCAGAGUCUUGUUGUUCUGAAUUGGGUAGCACGCUUAUUGAAAACUUCUUGAACAUGGCCUACAAGGAAAAUGUUCAGUCUGGUAGGUUCCAACGUAAGGAAAAGCUACGUCAAAAAGAUGAGGCUCAUUUUAGUCGCAAAUUGAAAGAGCUCGAUGGAACGAUUGAUAAAAGCUGUAUUUACAAAAAAAUCGAAAUCAGUAAUAGUGAGCAGCUCUGCAUGAAAGAGUACGAUGUGACCAAAGUACCUGAACUGACGUUAAAAAUAUGCGACAAUCUCUCAUGUGCCAAAUUUAUCAUGGCAUCAUCAAAGGUUAAUCCUCAUCGUGGUGAAUGGUCUGUCAUUGCGCUGCCCAAUGAACGAUCAGACGUGCUAACUCAUUAUUCACAGUUGAACAAGACGACAAUUCACAAAUGGAGAGAUCCAAAGGUGACAAAGGAGUUCAUUAAGAGUCAUUUAAACGGAAAAAAUAAUUCGUGCGAAUCUCUCAAGGUCUUGGAUGAAGAUAAAUCGAAUUUUUGGAUCACAAUGGCAAACCUAAUGAAACCCAAAUUAGUAUCCAACAACAAGGAAGUACCUUUCAUUGGUGGGCUAGUCGGUACUCUAGGGUACGAAAUGGGAUACUAUGUUUACAACACUAUCUCUAAAGAUGAAAGGGUUAUACCUGAUGCCAAGUUAGUUUUCAUCGAGAACAGUAUUGUUAUCGAUCACACAAACGGCAAACUUUACUGCAUUUCACUCAAUGGCGAAUUCCCCGUGGAAGUCACCCAACUGCUCGAUCAAUGCGACUGGUUACAAAACGACGUCUGUGAUGUACCCUGGAGUAAAGAGCUCCCCAAAGAUGUUAAAUUUGACAUAACUAUGCCUACAAAAGAAGAUUAUGCCAGAGCUUUCAAGCAGUGUCAGACCUACAUGCACAAAGGGGAUUCAUACGAAAUGUGUCUCACUACUCAAACAAAAAUCGUCCCAGACAAGAGAUUGACUCCAUGGAGAAUAUUUCAAACAUUGGUGAGACGCAAUCCCGCUCCUUUUUCAAGUUUCUUCGAGUUCUGUGAUGUGGUUGACGACGACGAGCCUCUCUGCCUGCUAAGCACUUCACCAGAGAGGUUCCUGAAAUGGGACCGCGAUACGUGCGAACUACGACCAAUUAAGGGCACUGUCAAGAAGUCCCCUGAAAUGACACUGGAGAAGGCGCACGGUAUCUUAAAGACCCCAAAGGAGUUCGGCGAAAACCUGAUGAUCCUCGACCUGAUCCGUAACGAUCUAUAUGAGCUUAUUCCCGAAGUCAACGUUGAAGAAUUUAUGGUUGUCGAGGAAUACGAAACCGUAUAUCAGCUUGUAAGUGUAGUCAAAGCUCAUGGUCUAUCAAACCCCAUUGUUCCUUACAGCGGUCUCGAUGUCCUACGUCACUCGCUGCCGCCCGGCUCCAUGACCGGUGCCCCCAAAAAGAUAACAGUCCAACUUCUCCAGGACGUAGUAGAGCCUGAGCUCAACUGCCACGUCACUGCUGGCAUUCGUGGACCUUACAGCGGAGUCACAGGGUACUGGUCUGCCAAUGGCAACGGCGAUUGGUCCGUAAACAUUAGGUGUAUGUACAGCUACGAUGGAGGCGCUAGCUGGCAGAUCGGCGCCGGUGGGGCCAUAACAGUACUCAGCACACUUGAGGGCGAGCUCGAAGAAAUGUAUACCAAGCUUCAAAGCGCCCUGCAAGUGUUUUUGUAA